AUGGAGAAAUCGUUUGUUCGUCAGACUCGUUCCAAGACCAAGGCUGCCAAACAGUCUAAUCUCUUCGGUGAAGAACAUCUUAGUACUUCUGAACACGAUCUGGACCUGACAGAGGAUGGAUUUAUGCCUUCGAUGAUCGAUUUGGAGCACGGACAGGAUCUCAAUUGUGCUGUAUGUGAUCAACCCAACAACGCAGAAUUGUAUAUGGUCCAAUGCGGAGGAUGCAAGCGUUGGAACCAUUUUUCGUGCGCGAGGGUGGAUACGAAUACUGUCCAUUCGAAGGAGUUUUGCUGUGCGGAGUGUUCGUCGAAGAGAGUACCAGAGCGAUCAGCUAGGUCGGGAUCUGGUCGAUCGAGUGCUACAAGCGGUCGUAGGUCCCACAUUGACCGUGAAAUCCAACGUCUGGAGGACGAGAGGCGAGCUGAAGAGCAGGUAGAACAGGAGCGGAUACAGCAGGAGAAGUUGCUGAUUGAGAAAGCCGCUAAGGAGAAACUGGAGCGGGAAAAGCAGUUCAUAGCUAGAAAGCACGAGUUGCUCCGCCAGCAGGACGAUGACAUUGAGAGCUUUGUGAGUCGUCGUAGUAGCAGUAGUAGUAUACUAAAGGUGGAGAAAUGGGUUGAGCAGCAUAUUUCCCGCACCGGCGCCGUCGGUGGUAGUGAGAAAGAAAACAUUCCAGAGUCGGUCGAACCACAAGAGUCUAUCCCUGUUGGUUCGUCUACUCCGUUGGGUGGUAGCGCAAUCACUGCUGGAAAUCAGCAACCAGCUGCUGACGAGCAACGGGCAUCUGUACCCCGUACGAUCGAGAGCAUCACUAUUGGUGACAGUCCGGAGGAAGAUUUCCCCAAGUUGCAUUUGGUAAACAUUCAACCAUACACGCGGCUUUUGGAGGAGUCAGGACCAAACUUUCCAAGUAUUGAACUGACCUUGAAGCGACCGAAUACCGGUGCGAACCCGAAGAUCAUUGGAAAGUUAACGAACCCUAUCUCUCGCCCUACCCCCUUUGAAAAAUGGACGCGUGAGACAAAUGAACUUCAAAAGCGUAGCAAAGCGGAACUGCAGCAAGCAUACGACGAGAAGAAGGAAUUAGAGAAUCGAUUACACGAAAUUGAAUCGAACUUGAAACGGCAACGUCACAUGGAACUAGAGCACCAGCAGGAGAACGAAUUGAGGCGAAGGCGAGAAAUAGAACUUGUAAACCGACUGAAUCGACUGGAGGAGCAGCGUGCAGGAGAGCGGCAACAGCUACAGGAAGUGGAAAACGCAUUGAAAAGACAACUAGAGGAUAGUCAGCAACGAUAUCAGGCACUGGAAACCAAACGGCGGCAAGAACAUGCUGCGCGAGAAGAAGAGCUACGGCGACUUAAAGAACGAGAGCAGCAGCUUGCUCAGCAACUGGAAUCGGUUCUUCUACGAGAGAAAAUCGGACAUCCAUCACAUGCAGCAUUACCGGAGUCCACGGGAAGUGGUACAUCUCUGGCGUCCAUGCUCGUCGAUAAACUUCCAGCCAACAUCAAAUUCAGCUGGGCACUGUACCAGGAGCAACAGCCGAUUGUCAACUUGAGGACGUUUGGCGAAUAUAUGGGAAGAGUCACGACCGCUACUAGUGGAAUAACUAAUGUUUGUCCGAUUUCAAAGCAUCAGAAAGAUGAAAAACCUAAGGCGAAGGAAAAAGCAUAUGUGAACACACAUACUACGUGCGAAAAGAAGAAGCAAGGAUCAUCUGCCAGUCUUCCUAAAGGUGAUCAACGGGUAGAGUCAUCGAACAUAAAGCGCAACGAAAGCGAUACAAAAAAGGAAUGUCCGUUGUGCAAAUCGCAUGACCACAUCGCAGAGAAGUGCGUCGAGUUCAAGAAGCUCUCAGUGAACGAACGCUGGAAAGUGGUGAAGGAAAAGAAACUCUGUCGGAGAUGUCUGAUCGCACACACUCGCUGGCCAUGUGAAGGCGAAGUUUGUGGAGUAAACGAAUGUCAGAAACGUCACCAUCGGCUACUUCAUUACGACCCUAAGCCGGAACAGCCUUUGACUACUACGAAUGCCACUGUCACUGUCCACCGACAACCAGUUACGUCGACCUUAUUCAAAAUACUACCGGUCACGUUGUACGGCAAGACAGGCACUAUCGACACUUACGCAUUUCUUGACGAUGGAUCAUCUACAACUCUCCUAGAGCAAUCAAUAGCUGACGAACUUGGGGUCGAUGGCAAGGUGCAAUCCUUGUACAUGCAGUGGACCAGCGGAAUCAACAAGAAAGUGGCUACAACACAAAUCGUUAAGCUAGGUAUUUCGGAACCUGGGAGUAGAAAGGUGUAUCAGUUAUCAGAAGUCUACACAGUUGAGAACUUGGGGCUUCCGGAACAAUCGAUUGAUGUAGAUGAGUUAGCUAAACAGUACAAGCACCUACAACGUUUACCGGUGAAGAGUUUCCAGAGGGCUACGCCAGGACUGCUGAUUGGAGUAAAUAAUAUUCAUCUACUAAAUACUGCCAAAAUACGUGAAGGGAAGGAGCAAGAGCCUAUUGCUGCAAAAACUCGCAUCGGAUGGGUUGUUUGCGGUUGUCUGCGUGGUGAAGAGAAUCAGUUUCUACAUCGUCAGAUGCACAUUUGUGCGGAAUUAACCGAGCUCGAUCUACAUAAUUACGUUCGAGAAUUCUUCUCGGUGGAAAGCAUAGGUGUCGCCGUUGCACCGAAUUUGGAAGGCAAGGAUGAUCAACGGGCGCGCUUGAUCCUUGAAGGAACGACGAUACGGAAGACGGACGGAAAAUUCGAGACAGGGCUGCUGUGGAAACAAGACGAUUUCGAGUUCCCUGACAGCCGACCGAUGGCCGAGCGACGACUGAAAUGUCUCGAGCGGCGCUUGGAGAGGGAUCCGAAGCUGUAUGAUAGCGUGCGUCAACAGAUAGCAGAUUACGAGUUUAAAGGGUACAUCCACGUAGUGACCGAUGAAGAAAGGGCUAAGUUUGAUCCACGCCGUACUUGGUACUUGCCGCUUGGGGUAGUCUUAAAUCCCAAUAAACCUGGCAAAGUGCGCGUGAUAUGGGACGCGGCUGCCAAAGUAAAUGGUGUGUCGUUGAACACGAUGUUACUAAAGGGACCGGAUCUGCUGACCCCGCAAAUGAGCGUAACGUUCAAAUUCCGUGAACGAGAAGUGGCGAUGUCUGGGGAUAUUCAGGAAAUGUUUUUGCAACCCAUGGUCACUAUGGCGUCUGACGUUGCUAUAUUCGGGGCGACCUGUUCGCCAGCACAGUCUCAAUAUGUAAAGAAUCUGAAUGCGGCGGAGCACGAGCAAGAAUAUCCACAGGCGGCUGCGGCAAUUAAGAAUAAGCAUUACGUCGACGACUAUCUCGACAGUGUCGACACAGAAGAAGAGGCGGUUGAGUUGGCAUUGGCAGUAGCGGAAAUAGCAGCGGCACCCGAGCUGACCUCCGUCGACCUGUGGCCACCUUCGCGGAUAGUUGUCCUUUCUUUUGACGGUCCACCGGGACACUCCCACGGCGAUUGA